AUGCCGAAUCCUCCACCAAAGGAGGAUACAUGGGCGUUCCAGAAGAUUGGAACUGCGUUCCCACCGAAUCCUGUGAAAUGUCUUGGACAACAAAACAUGUACGUCGCAUUGUGGUACAAACACGGAAAGCCGAUUCAUGGGCGAUCAUGGAAUAACGGAGGAGUUGUCGAGUGCUCGUUCCCGUAUAAAAAAGCCGAAUUAAGAACUGCUCAGCAACUCGAAGGAAAUAUUCAAGUACUUCAAUACACAGGAGACCACAAUACACAAGGAUUCUGGUAUGAAUGGAUUAAGUACAAGGAAAGAUUCGAAAAAACGGAAGCUCGUCAACUCCUUCGCUGCGGAGACUCCUUCCCGAUUCUAUGGAAGGACCGCCCAGAGGGUGCCCUUCUCGGCUACGUCGAUAACAAAACUGAAAUUGCUCUGUUCUCUUGCGAUGGGAAAGUAUACGAGCAGAAAGGACCUCAGCUCAAUGAAAUGUACAUUAUAAUGCGAAACACUGUUGGUGGACCACCAUUUUGUGAUUGUCCUAAUUGUCCAAAGCCACCACCACCUCCGCCUGUACCAGCACCUGGACCUCCUCCUCCGAGGGUAAUGAUCGAUGAAUGGAUGGAUAUUCGUGCGGGCGAUCCGUGGCCAGACAGACUUCUUGUGAAAGCCCUCGACAAGACCCUGGACACAAUCCCUGGAGAAAAUCCCGAUCAGUAUGUUGCUCUGUGGUACCAGGCCGGAGAACCGGUCAUGGGACGUGUAUGGAACGAGGGUGGCAAGGCGGCAUCGUUCGAUAAGGACAAGGAAUGGAUUCCUGUGCACGUGAAUAACACCAAGGGAGAUAUUUCCUCUGGUGUGAUCACGUUCAAUGGAAAACAGAUUCUCGGAAAGGUCGACGUUAGGAAUGAAAAAUCCUCAGCCGGAUUCGGUGGCAAAGAAAACAUGCUUGUCGGACCAGCGUGCGCCAGUAACACCAUAGUGUUGUGCCGUAAAGCAAGACCAGGAUAUAAGUUUGACUAA